UCUAUCUUUGCUGUUCAAUCAACCAAUUGAUUCACUACACUCUUUUUAUAUACUUUAACAUUAAUACCGUUCUUGCAUCUUUAUUUCUCACUCAUUACUGUACAGUCCGACUAUACAAUAAAGUUAAUGCUAUUAUUUUUACUAUUUUCGAAACCAAUUACUGCGCAAAGUAAUCAACUACCUACAGUAUACAUAUUAAACAUUCAUUCAGGAUAGAAACAGAUACGAAGAUACAAACACGGGACGAACUACCCACUCACUACUGUCGCAGACAUACUACCCUCGUUGCAUUACUAGCGAAAGCACCACGAUUGCGCGAUCAAGCAAAAAUUCCAAGGAAGACCAAAAGAAGAAAAGAACACGAAAAAGAAUCAUCAACUCGGAAGGAAAAGGAAAGGCAUUUGCAAACUUAUUCCGACGCAUGGAAACACAAUAUGCGUCUGAUUUAGAAGAAUUUAGUACGGGAUGUCAAAUUCUCCUCCAAGAAGGCCUUUACAUACAAGGUAUGCGCAAAUUUAGUACCUUUAUCCUAUCUUCAUACAAAAUAGUUUCCCUCAGCUUAAUUGGCCCUUCGCUCACUUAUCGCAAAAAAGAUCAGACUCGGAGACGAAUCGCGCAGCGGCCGUCCGAUUGGUUCCACCCGAACCCCCUCAGCUUUUGGGACAAUUGGAGGACGAUGAAGGAGAACAACCGAAUUAUGAUCAUGAAUAUGGUUACAAUAAGAAUGAUGAUAAGAAAAUUUAUUCACAAACUCCUCUCCCCACCCAGCCAGCUCAUAUACUCUCUCCUGGUCAUUCUCCUAGUAAAGGCCAAUAUUUCUAUGGUAGGCAAGGUUCCACCUCAGAUUCAGGCGAGUUUCAUCAGAUGCCCAAAACUCAACCACUGUCAGCCACUCCACAAGGGACGUCCAGUGCAACGCAUAACACACCACAAAUUACCACUCCUGCGACAAUAUCCUCCAGGAAGCCUAGACCCCAGUCAAGAAAGCGUCUUGCCGUCAAGGUUGGUGAUGGGAAGACAUUUUCUCUCGUACCGCAUAAUGAGCCCCUACCCAACGACGACAGUAGAUUGCCUUCCCUAUCCACUAAAACAUCCUCCUCCUCUGUGCAAGAUUUCGACCAGUCUAUCAUCUCAUGCACAAAUACAGACUCCACAUACACAGCCGCACCUAGUACGGCAACACCUAGAAAGUCAAUAUCCGCGGAUCAUAUAAGCUGUUCGUCCUCGGAGUUCUCGAUUGUGGGUGGUGUUAGAAAAGUACCCAAGACUCCAGACCAAAAAGGAAAAUCUUCAGCACUCGACUUCCCACUCCCUCCUUUGCCUGAAACAUCGCAGGAGCGUAACUCACACGAACUCUCUACGAAACCGUCAUUCCUUUCAACAACCUCGACUGCAACUGAGGCCACUAAUUGGAAAGUUUAUAGUAAUAUUCCGGAAUCGACUUACGAGUCGGUGUUUGCUACAACCCCCACUGAACCUAAUUUCGAAGUUCUCGACCAAUCCGUUCUUGAACAGUCCACUCCUUCAACAACUAUCCAUCAUCCGCGCGAAGAGUCAAUUCAGGAGUCUCUUCAAGAGUCUACGGGAACCGUUAUUCAUCGACCUCAAACAUCGCAAACAUCGCAAACAUACCAAACGUCAUCUGCGAGUAACUCCGAUAAUUCCAACUAUCAAGUUCACGAGGAAUCUGUUUCAGGCUCAGUCAUCUACAGACCACAACAUCGUCCUCAGUUGUCUACUAGCACUUCCGGCUACUCGACUUCGAAUUAUCCGAACUCGAACUAUCAGAUACAUGAGCCAGACACUCCAACCUCAGUAGUCUUCAGACCCCACCAUCGACCCCAAUUAUCUACAAGCACAACUGGGGAUAAUACUAAUUACGAAGUCCAUCGUGGCCAUACCCGGGACCGCUCCGAAUCACUCGCCGAUUCCUUUCUCGAAGCGUCAUUUUCAAGUGGCUCCAAUUACCGCGUACAUAAUCAAUCUGACAAAGAGUCAAUCACUUCGUCGGUUGUCCGUAGACCUAGAGCUCGAGCAGCGACCACUUCGUCUAGCGAACAGGAAAAUUACGUUUUCCACGAAGAACUUUCAAGAUCCGUAUCUCUCUCGAGCGGACAAGGCCCAGCACCCAAAUACUCCCAAGAAUCUCUCCGUAUUCCUGGGUUAAGAACCAAGAAAAGGUCGAAUGAUAAUUUCGGUUACUACAAGUCAAGAUCGCGAGAGACAUUAAAAUCAAGAUCAAAUCACUCGUUACACAGUCGAGCUAAUUCUCUAGCAUCGUUAUCAACAAUCCAUACUCAACCCGACGCACAACGAGCAAUUGUGGCGAGUGGAUCAAUAGUUAAUUUACCGGCACAGAUUCAACUCCAGAAACCAAAAGGGUUGAGUUCAUGGGCAGAGUUACCAAGUCCCACGAGUCCCCAUAUGAACGAGGCCCCGCAUCAAUGGAGCUCACAGCUUUCCACUGUGCUCUCCGUCUCCGAAGGGACUGGCACCGAACGAGGCUCCCGAGCUUGGUCCGACAGUAUGGGGAGAAGGAGCAGUGUAUUCCACAGUCUCCCAAGUCGCGGCAGUCGCAAUGUUCUCAGUAUCAGUUCGUCUCAAGGGAUAGAAGAUGCGUUAGCAAGACCCAUAAGCGAUUCAGUGGAUCCUCCACGUCCGACAUGGACACGCACUGGUCGAGGCUUGAGCAGUUCGUCUAUCCCUGUGAUAGGUGAUUAUGACGAAUAUGGCGAUGGAAUCACCGCCAUGCAAGACAUGCGCGCUCGUCCGUCCAGGAAUAGAUUAUCCGGCAUGUUCAACACCGGAGCAUCCGAUACCUCCCGUACACACACCAUGCGCUCGUCAAUUAGUUCACGCUCCAACAGUCUCCUCGCAAACUCGAUCCCAACCUGGGCAAGACUCUACUAUGGAAGCGGAGAACGUCGCUUUCUAGGCUACAGACCCGAGAGUUCCAGUGGCGGAACCCCAAGUCGCAACGGCUCCUUCAGCGUGAGAAGCGGAUCUCCAAACACAGAGAAUUUCCCAGAUGAGCUCCAUAGCCCGCGUCGUCGCCCACGAGAAGGCCAUCCACACAUGAGAGGCUUCUCCCAACAAUCCAUGGAAAUCACCCCCUUACCCAGCUCAGCCCGAGGUGCCGGCCGUCUAAGAACCCGAUCCCUCAUUUCCAGCGUCUGGUCUCCACAUUUGCGCAUCGACCGCCGCGCAGGCCGUCAAUCCGCCUGGGAACCACCUCAAAUCAAUUUCUCCACCGAGGGCGGAUUUUUCGGCCGUCGAAAUAUCCAAGUCGUUCUCUUCAUCGCCGGAUUCCUUCUCCCUUUUUCCUGGAUGAUCGCCGCUCUUCUUCCUCUUCCCAAAAUGCCAUUCUCGGAGAUGCGCGAGCGCGUAGACAGCACCGGAGAUUUGACGCAGCCGCGUGAUGUGGAAAGUCGCGGUGUGAAUGAUUAUGCGAGACAAUUUGGGCCGUUGGACGAGGCCAGGUACGAGAGUGCUAGAUGGUGGAGACAUCUUAAUCGAUGGAUGAGCGUGGUGGGAUUGGUGAUUAUUGUUGUUAUUGUAAGUUUUCUCCUUUCCGCAUCCUUUUGCGCGUAUUUUUUUUCUUCAAAUGCGAACUGCAGGCUAAUAUAAAUACUAGAUCGUUCUCGCUAUCGAAGGAACUCGAAAGGGAUGGUAAAUCCCUCUAAUUCCCCAACAUAAUCUCCACAUCCACCACCUUACCUCCUCUCCACCUCUUCUCAACCCUCUCACCACACCCCAUAACGACACCCAACGAACCCAAUAGAUUAACGACCCUCCAACCCAACACCCAAGGGAGAUCCUCAGAUCCCUCAAAAUAACGAUUCCAACGACCCAAACAUUACGGCUUUCCCAGUGGCUAAUUACCUAGGUCUAGACUUCUUUUUGAUUUUGAUUCUUGAAUUUUUUUAUCUUUCACUUUCUUUCACUUUUUAGCGCGCGCGAGGAGAAUUUUAUAUUAUAUUAUAUUAGCAUUAUACCCUUUCUUAUGGAAAGAAAAAGCUUUGGUUAUGUAUGCAUGGAUGCAUGAAUGGAUGGAUGUUGUUUGUGGGAUAAUUUUUAUUUUUGAUGAAAAAAUGCAUAGGAUGGGACUGGAUAGUACAUGUAAUGCAACGGCGAUGAUGGUGGUGAUGGCGCUAUGUGUGCUUGUAUAUAUUGAUGGAUGGAUGGAUGAAUGGAUGCCGGAUUGACUGAUGGAAAGAAGGAAAGAAAGGAAGAAAUAUAAUGU